AAGUACUUUGUCUUUGUACUCUGCGUCUACCUAAGCCAUGGAGCUAUCGAGGCAGAUGUCCCGGCUGCAUCGGAGAAGCUGAGCGAUGCGGAAAUUGCCGAAUAUCUACGAAAGCACCAGAACCUUUUUGAGGUCUCUUCGACACCGGUGCCAGGCUUCAAGUACAAAUUGAUGGAUCUGAAAUACGUCAGCGAGGAGAAGAAUCCUGUCGUAGACGACAAGGAUGACAACGGCGAUGACAUACCUGAAAGCUUCGACGCUCGUCGUUCAGUGGUCCAACUGCUCUACACUUUUUCACAUCACGGACCAAGCCAACUGCGAUGUCAAGGUGGCUGGCCGAUUAGAGCCUGGCAAUAUUUCGCAUAUGAAGGUGUUGUAACUGGCGGCAACUAUGCUACAAAGGGCAGCUGUCGUCCUUACGAGAUUCAUCCUUGUGGUCACCAUGGAACAGAGCCGUAUUACGGAGAAUGCGACGAUGAGGCCGAGACCCCAAGAUGCAAAAGAAAGUGCCUACGCGACUACAAGAAGUCGUACCCAAGCGAUAAGCGCUACGGUAAAACCGCUUACCGAUUGCCAAAUUCGGUGAAAGCUAUCCAGAGGGAUAUUAUGAAGAACGGACCAGUUGUCGCUGCAUUCAUUGUGUAUGAAGAUUUCGGUUGGUACCGAAGUGGAAUUUAUAAGCACACUUGGGGUGCAAAAUCAGGUGGCCAUGCAGUGAAGGUGAUAGGAUGGGGAACGGAAAAAGGAACUCCUUACUGGCUUGUUGCCAACUCGUGGCACGACGACUGGGGAGAGAAAGGCUACUUCCGUAUGAUUCGUGGAAUCAACGACUGUGGAUUUGAAGAGGCCAUGGUCGCUGGGCUAAUCGAGUAA